AUAUGGGAUCAUUUCCGGUUCUAGGUGGGGACUUCCGGUUGUGGUCGGGUUGCUCUUAUUUUCAAAGCAGGGUUAUUUUUCAUUUCAUUUAUUUAUUCUUUAGGAAAAGCUUAAAUAAUGCGACAUGAAUCAUUUUACUUAAACUGCCAUUUCUAAACAUAAAGUUUAAAGAGAGAACAUAAAGAGUGCUCGUUUAAUUUUGAAAUUCUGAAAGCGGAAGAGGCUGUCUCAUAUCCGGUAAAGUUUGUAAACAAACCCGGUUUCAAUAUAAAUUUAGUAAGAAGGAUGACAUUUAUCCUUGUAAUGUUUUAGAGGGGUUUCUUACUGCGGGAGUUUCGGGUGAAUGGAUGACAAACGGUGUCCGGGUCUCGGAGGAAACUCCGACUGGAUGUCGCGUCUCCCGGAAGAGCUGCUGGAUGUCCCGCUAUGGAACCUGGCUCUGCCUGGAAGCCACGACACCAUGUCGUUCUGCCUGGACGUUUUCUCCCCGGUUCUCAGCUCCGAGUCCUUCCUCCUCAGACUCACCGACCUGCUGUUUCCCUGCUGCACUCGGCCCUGCAUUUAUCGCUGGGCCACAACGCAGCAGUCCAUCCUUGCUGAUCAGAGCGAUCUUGGCGUUCGGUUCUUCGACCUGCGAAUUGCCAAAAAGCCAGCAAGCGGCAGCGACCUCUUCUUUGCUCACGGCGUCUACACUCUCAUGACGGUUAAGGAAGCUCUGAAGGACCUGGCGACGUGGUUAGAGGCUCACCCAAAAGAGAUCGUAGUUAUCUCUUGCUCUCAUUUCGACUCGAUGACAAACGAAGAUCACGUCCAUCUGGUGGAGUUCAUCCUUAUUCUUUUCAACUUGAAGCUCUGCUCUUCAAAGAAUGUUCCCACGCUGCGUUCCUGUUGGUCCAGAGGUCAACAGGUCAUUAUUUCUUAUGAAAAUGAUGCAAUGCUACUGGAGCACCCAGAACUGUGGAAGGCCAUACCGUACUGGUAUGCGGAUAGCCCUAACCCAAAGAAGGUGAUUAGUUAUCUGGAGACGCAAAAACUCAAAGGAAGACCAGCUGGUUUUUAUGUCAGCGGCCUGAACCUGACAGAAGAUGCCUCUUAUGUCGCUCUUCAUCCCUGCCAGACCAUGAGGAAGAUGACAACGGAGGCUCUCCCGCUGCUUCUGCGCUGGACAGAGGCCCAGCGACCAGGGCCUGAGCCAGACAGGAUCAACAUUGUUUGCUGUGACUUUGUAAAUGUCAGUGAGUUCUGCUCCGUCGUGAUUGGCCUGAACUACUAAUUAGUCUAGACUCUUGCAGCUAAGGGUGUAUUCUGACUGGACACAUUUGGUUCACUUAAAGUGAUUUUCCCCCUAGAAAUCCAGAACAAGUUUUAGUCUGAAUACACCCAAGUGAAUCCUGGUUCAGGACCAGGAACAGAUCUUCUUUCGAGGGGAUCUUGGUUUGGACUGAGGUUUGGUUUUUCCUCAGUCUGAAUUGGCUCUAAGCUUGGAGUGGAGCAACUGGACCAAAACGGCCACCGUAGCCGGGCUAUACGGGGUAUAAAUAGAAUAGCGGAGCAACGAUGAGACACAGCAACUCAUUGAAAUGUGGUCGGAUGAAUGCAGACUCGUGAAACCAACUUCUAAUACGAUACUCAUUGAUUCUCACAAACUGUUUUGCCGACCAUCCAUACAUCACAGUAACUGUCUAGCAGCAUGCCUCCACCGUAACAAAGUAUCAGUAAAUAGUGUCAUACCUGACGUUGAUAGAGUUGUUCAGUAUUGGGCAACGAAAUAUAAAGUUUGAAUAAGGGAUAACAAAGUAUAGGACUUCCAAUAUUCUUUCUCUAGUUGCUUUGCCCCGCCCUCAUAAUUCCUGUCCAAUGACUGAAGAGAUCUUAAGUCAAGUGGUUUUGUUUACAAACUUUGGUUCGAAGCAGAAAUGUCUGCUUUACUUUAGCAGUAUAAAUACACUAUUGACUAAACAAGACAACUGGUUAAUAGACUUCCCAUUUUGAAAAGUACAUUUUACUUCCCUCCAGUAAAUCACACUGCCUCUGUAAUUCUUUUUAAUGUUAUUUUAUUCCAAAACAAAGAAUUUCACACUAAAUCUUAAUUCCUUUCAUGAGAAUUUUUAAAAAAUGCAUAUUGUUCUUUGAAUUGUUACAUAAAGCACUAAAAGCUGUUACUAGCGUUUUUCCAAUUUACCCUUUCUAUGCAGCAAAUGUUGGAAAAACAUCUUAAAAUCUUCAUAAAAAAAUGAGGAAAAUAGCAGAGGCAGAGAUCACUUCUAUUUUUUAUACAACACACAUAUUUAGGUAAAGAUUUGAUCUGUGUUGUUUACUGUACUUUUUAAUGUUAAAAGUUUUUUUUUAUUUUAUUACAAAAGGAAGAAAAUGUUUGUAAAGUAAAUAAAAUGUUUUACAUGUGAAUUUUUAUUGUUUAACAAAAUAAAACUGCCAAUAAUGAAAUUUUUCAUUCAUUGAAAGUUGUACAAACUAUGUUUAUUGUGAAACUAAUUUGUGUUUUGUUUCUGAUGUUGCAAAGUUAGGGUUAGGAAGGAAUACUUCAAGGACCACCUCUGUCCUGCUGACACGCCUUCUGUUGAGGAAUCAGAGGUUGAGGGUGGAGUUCUUCAUCACCCAAGCUGAGGUCACUAAGGUAGUCAAAGAGCUCCUCGGUAGCCAGGCCCCGAUGAAUUCCGCCCGAGUACCUAAAGUCUCUAAAUGUUUUGGGAGUGUCUUGUCUGACGUCUCUGCAGCAUUUUGUGGCAGACGGGAACCGUACCCCUGGACUGGCAGACUGGGGUUGUGGUUCCCCCUUUCAAGAAGAGGGACCGGAGGGUGGAACGGUAGACCAGCUCCACACCCUCUUUAGGGUGCUGGGGGUUCAUGGGAGUUCAUUGAUCCAGUCAAGAUGUGUUUUGCGGAUUUGGAGAAGGCGUUCGAAUGCGUCCCCCGUGGUGUCCUG